ACAGAUGGCGGAUUCCCGGAAUUCAAUGUCAAUAUUAUGUUCUUUUGGAGUAAUUCGUAUUUAUGAAUGAAGUUGAAGAGUUGGACGAAAAUUGUCUACGCGUAUUUGAUUAGGCGUUUGUGAAUGAGGGGGGGAUGAAGAUAGUGGGGAUUUUUUUGGGGUGGUCGAGAGGUUUUGGAGCAGGUGACGGAAAGGUUAGUGAAAGAGCCUCCAAUUUCAAAAUCUGCAAGCAGAAUGAUCCGAAUCUGGAGGAGUGUUUCGCUGAGGCCUCCAAGCAGGCGAUCAACUUGAUGGCACCCGGACUGAAAAGUCUGAGAUUAUUGCCCAUCGACCCUCUGUCAGUCGAUUCAGUGUCCAUCGGAGAAGGAGGAGGAGCCGUUAGCCUCAAGCAGGAGUAUCGAAAUAUAAAACUUUAUGGACUCUCCAAGGGCCUCGAAGUCUCAGAUUAUAAGGUAGAUCUGCCGAAUCUCGUCUUUAAAUCAAUGUCCUUCAAUCCACAAGUGGAUUUUGUCGCUGAUUACACGGUCGAUGGAAAAGUUUUGGUGUUGCCCAUUCGAGGUCAUGGCCGCUCCAAUAUUACGAUGUUGAACCUGAAGACCCAAAAUACAUUUUACGGCGAGAAAUUCGAGAAGGAUGGUGAAACCUACAUGAGAAUAACGAAGUACAACGUAAAAUUCAACCCCGAGAAGGUUCUCCUGAAAUUUGAAAAUCUCUUCGGCGGUGACAAAUUCCUAAGUAAUCAGAUGAACACCUUCUUGAACGAGAAUGCAGAUCUCCUCUUUAAAGAGCUCCAGGCCUCCUACGAAGAGACAUUCGGUCUCGUAUUCGCCCAGAUGGCUAACGAAAUAUUCACUCGAGUGCCCUUCAACAAAAUUCUACCCGAGUCGUAGACCCCCCAAACCCCCCACAAUUAAAUUAUGUAAAUAUUACGAAUUAAAUAAACAACCAUUUCAUUUUUAAAAAUGCACAAAACCGAAAAAUUCAUUUGAAAAGAAACAAAUAGGCGUUUAUUUACAAGAAGUAGGUGUAGCUACAUUAUUUCUUGGUAAUUGUUUGUUUUUAAUCGAUUUUUUGGAGGUUUCUGUUCCAAUAAAUUAGAAGCCACAGGCGAUUGGAUAGUUUUUAUCUAUCAUUUUUUAUUCAAUUUUCUUCAUUCAGUAACAUAAAAAUUUAAUGCAAGAUCCCAAUACAAGAUUUCGCGUGAAUUAUUGUACUUUA